AUGAGCAAAAGGAACCAGGUCUCCUAUGUGCGGCCGGCCGAGCCCGCCUUYCUGAGCCGCUUCAAGCGGCAGGUCGGGUAUCGGGAGGGGCCCACGGUGGAAACCAAGAGAGAACAGCUUCCAACUCCAGAUGAAGACAGUGACAAUGGCAGCGACAAAGAAGAUGAGCAGCCUCAAGUGGUGACACUGAAAAAAGGGGACUUGACUGCAGAAGAAGCAAUGAAAAUUAAACAGCAAAUCAAAGAGGCCUUAAAAUCAAAUGAAUCAGAUGGUGAACCAGAACCUGCUGAUGGAAAAAUUAUGUUCCGGAAGCCCACCAAGCGCUCCUCAGAGAAGUGUUCAGAUCUCAAUGUAAGUUCAAGUAAGAAGCUGCAAGAGGCGAAGAAAGCUAAAAAAGAAGCAUCUACACCUCAGAGUGCAACUAAGCAAAUAAAAAACAGCAGUCUUCUCUCAUUCGAUGAUGAAGAAAAUGAUGAUUAGGAGUUGUAUGUAUUUAUAUUUUACAUAUUAUUUCAGGGAAGAGAGUAAGAUUGAGUGUUUUCUUAGAAACUGAGUGUUAUUGUCUUACUUUGUCUUCUCUUUGUUAUAAUCMAACUAGAGUAACGUAGUAUGAAACUAGUGAGAGCAAAACUGAGCUCAUUUUUUUCAUUUCAGAUGGAACUGUAUAAGCAGUAUCUCAUGUUUUUUAUUUUUAAAAGAGAAUUUAAACGUGUAUGUUAAUGUUAUUUACCAUUGCAAAAGAGCAACAAAAUUCACCUCUGCAUAUCCAGAUUGCAAUCCAAGAAGCACCAUAAUGGUAAUUUGAAUUGAUUAUGCUAGUACAAUCAAUCAAAUCAAAGGAGUUUGAUUCUAGUUGAUUGUCCCAGCCUCUGCAAAAGAAAAUGUCUCAACCAUAUUGGAUAAUCUCCAAAAGUUAUCAUGCUUAAUUGGCUCAGAAGUAUAUAUGUAGAUGCAUAAUCUUGGGGUACUGUUUAUUUUAAAACCUGUAUGUUAUCUUUAAGCUAUGGAAAACUGUUUAUUGGUUUGUUUUUCACACAGUAGGAAAUUUUAAGCAGGAAAUCUAAGUCAAGAAAUGUUACAGCUGUGAUGAACCUUUCACUUGACCAUGUACCAUUUGACCAUGACUGUUGAAAUAGACUACUUUUGGGUGGYUUAUGCAAUAGCACACGGUAAAAUUAAAAAUAGCAUUACAAGCUGAUGAGAUUGAGGAGAACAAGGUGGUGGAAAUAAGUCUAGUGGCUCUGAAGUAUCCUGAAAGUGCUGUGUGUUCUGCAAUUGUAUGUAAGCCAGACCUGAGACUGCUGCGGAAUUACAGGAUGUGAGGCUAUGGAAUCAGUUCUGCUGCUGUGCCACAGGAUGUUCAAAAUUAUUYGGGCCAUAAAGCUUCA